UCAUGUGAAUAAGACAUGUUUUCUCAUAUGACUGCCAAGCCAAACAUCUGUUUCAAUAAAAGAGACAUUCAGGCGUUAUAGUGAUUGACAACAAAGCUGUUUGGUUUGCCUUCAGAAUAAAGUCAUAUUCAUCUUUCAAGUUGAGAACAAUUCAACCUCGACCAAAGUUCAUUAAAUUCAAACUCAAUGCAUUUGGACAGCUUGGUAUCGAGGGAAAAUCUCGUUCAAUCGUACAGCCGGAAAUCUUUCAUGAAUGCGAGAAGAAAAAAAUCUCAAAAGUCAAUCUAGGAACCGCGUACAUCAAGGGUGGGACGUUCGGUUUGUAUUUCCGUUUUAAUUGUUUAUUUAAGGCUUUUCUGACUUAACCUUGAUACACCUGUCCUCUGGCAAUACUCUCAAGUCGGCCUUUUAGAAAACCAGGAGUCGUUUUAUCCUAUAAUUAUCCUAGAUAGAAACAGAUCGAACAAUACUACAGAGGAUUCCUGUAUGUGACAGAAACAGUAUCUGUGGAGCGAUAAAGCCUAGAGGCAGUACGCGGAACUGAACCAGAGGUAUCGAGAAAGUGACUACAAGAGCGACAGUUGAAUGAUAGAGGUCUUCCUCACCAAUGUCAACAGUCAUGGAUCGACCUUCACUCUCUGUACGAAACACUACACAAAGCCCCAUAGUUGACAUAGCAACUAUCUGUCGUCUUUCAACAACAGUUGAAAACCUUGCUCAGGGAUUUUUCCUGAUUGUCAUAUCAAUCAUCACCGUACUUGGAAACAGUGCUAUAUGUUGUGGUAUCCUGUGGAAUCGUAUGCUUCAUCGAUAUACCAACUAUCUUGUCGUAUCGUUAGCAGUAUCAGACUUGAUGGUAGCUGUGUUUUCGCUACCUUUUCGAAUUCAUCAAACUCUACACAAUACUGGCUGGUGUCUUGGAAAGAACGCCUGUAUAUUUUGGAUAUGGAUUGAUUUAUUAUGUCGCUGUGCAUCGUUUGCUAACCUCGCUCUUAUCGCACUGGAUCGCUUCUUAGCGACUAUCUUCCCACAAAGGUACCAUCGUAUCAUCACUACCAACUCGGGCACUUUUUUGUUACUCUUCGUCUGGCUAGACGCCCUUGUUAUCUCGUCUCUAGGGCUGACAAACUGGACGUUGCCCAAUGCUCCUCUUGUUGGUCUUACGAAUUUCGGCUGUUCAAAAACGCAUGAUCCUUAUUUCUAUACUUUUGCUGCAGUCGUUGGAUUCUUCCUGCCUUUGUACAUUAUUGGUAUUUCAUAUACGUAUGUUCUUGUCGCAGGGUUGUCUCACUGGAAGGCGACCUCUAAAGCCAUCCACCCGACUCCCCCUCCAAUCGCUGAUGGAAAUAAAGCUAGUAACAGACUUGCUCUUGGGCGAGAGAUCAAGGCAGCACAGACCUUAGCGAUUGUAAUUGGUUCCUUUGUGAUCUGUUGGCUACCAUUCUUUGUCAUCUUACUAGUUGUCUAUUGGUGCCCUUCGUGUUUGAGUCAGCUCAAUAAGCCCAUUAAUGUAACGUUUAUCUAUGUUCUACCAAACAUCACUAGUGCUCUCAACCCCAUCAUAUUUUUCAUUUUCAGUAGGAAAUUGAGAGAAGCUUUUUUGAAAUUUUGUAGCUCGAUUACUAAAAUAGUUAAUAGAGUUUUUUUUGAGGGUGAUGCCGAUGUUCAUGAUGAUGCUAAUGAUAGCGACGAUGAUGAUGAAUAUUAUUAUUAUKAUGUCGUUAGUGGUGAUGAUGAUGACGUUGGUGCUGGAGGUGGUGUCGAUGAUGAUGAUGGUGGUGGUGGUGAUGAUGAUGAUGCUGUUACUGGUGAUGGCUGUUAUUGUUGGUGGAGGUGGUGGUGGUGGAUGGUGAUGUUGUUGGUUGCGGUGCUGAUGAUGAUGAAGAUGUUGUUGGUGAUGAUGGUGGUGGAGAUGAUGACGGUGCUGUUGGUGGUGCUGAUGAUGUAG